AUGCGUCGUACGAAUUUGAAAGAGUUAUUUUAUAGUGCUAAAAAUUCGAUUAGAUUAAUUAUCAUGGAAAAAUCAAUUAACGAUUCGGAAACAAUUAAUACUUUAGAUAACAAUAAUGAUAAAAAUAAAAAUGUUGGUUUUAAACCUAAUUCACAUUUAUCCAAGAAUGCUUUAAGAAAAUUACGAAAACAACAAAAAUGGGAAGAAACACGGGAAAUUCGUAAAGUGGCUCAAAAAGAAAAGGAUAAAAGGAAAAAAUUAGAAAAAAAAGAAGCAAUAGAAUUAGGUCGAGUGCGUGAAAGAUUUAAUGAUAAACUCAAAGAUCACGUUAAUUGGAAACAAGUAGUUUUCGAUACAAGAUCAUAUUUAGAAUGUCUCAAUAAAGAAGAUUUAAUUUAUUUGACGGCAGAUUCAACAAAUACUUUAGAUGUAUUGGAUGAAAAUAAAGUUUAUAUUAUUGGAGGAAUU